AACAGUCACCGGGACGACGCGUCACGCAACAAGUGGGAUCGCUUCCGCCGGCGCCGCUUUAAGGGGUGUGCGCGCGGAGCAGGAGGCGACGGCGCGGCGCGGAUCUCCUGGAGCUGCUCACCAUGAUGCGAGCGGCGACGCGACUGGCUGCGCGUUUCAACGGGCCCGGCGUGGCCGGACUCCACUCGGCCGGCGGGGCUCUGAGCCAGAGGAGCCCAGAUGUGCCGCAGAUGCCGCCGUGCGGCUUCACACCGGAGGAGUACAGGGGCAUGUCCAAGGAGCAGAUGCUCGCGAUCCGCACGCGCGCCUGCAACCCCAUGACCACGAAGGUCACCCACUACAAGAAGCCGGUGUUCGUGCACCAGGGGCACAUGCAGUGGCUGUGGGACGUGGACGGGAGGCGCUACCUGGACCUGUUCGCUGGCGUCGCCACGGUCAGCGUGGGCCACUGCCACCCGAAGGUGGCGGCCGCCGCGGAGCAGCAGGCGAAGCGGCUGUGGCACACGACCAGCAUCUACCCGCACGCGCCGCUCCACGAGUACUGCGAGAAGUUGGCGUCGCACCUGCCCGAGCCACUGCAGGCGGUGUACCUGACCAACAGCGGCUCCGAGGCCAACGACCUGGCGAUGCUCAUGGCGCGGCUGCACACGGGCAACUUUGACGUCAUCACUCUGAGAGGAUCCUAUCACGGUGGCGGCCCGCAGACUUUGGGCCUCACAUCCAACGCAGCAUAUAAAUACCCCAUCGCCAACGGCUUCGGCUGCACCAACACCAUGUGUCCAGAUGUGUUCAGGGGCCCAUGGGGAGGAAGCCACUGCAGGGACUCUCCUGUGCAGACCACCAGAGACUGUAGCUGUGCCCCAGGUCACUGUGUGGCGAAUGAGCACUACAUUGGUCAGCUCAAAGAGACAUUUGACACCAGUGUCCCCAGACGGAUCGCGGCUUUCUUUGGAGAACCUAUUCAGGGCGUCGGAGGAGCCGUGCAGUAUCCUAACAACUACCUCAAGGAGGCUUUUCAGCUUGUGAGAGAGCGAGGGGGCGUCUGCAUUGCUGAUGAGGUCCAGACGGGCUUUGGCCGAACAGGAAGCCACUUCUGGGGUUUCCAAGGCCACGAUGUGAUGCCCGACAUAGUCACGAUGGCGAAGGGCAUCGGUAAUGGAUUCCCAAUGGGAGCCGUUGUUACGACACCAGAAAUCGCAGCCUCCUUUGCCACAGGGGUGCACUUCAACACCUUCGGAGGGAAUCCUUUGGCCUGUGCGAUCGGAUCAUCUGUGUUAGACAGCAUCCGGGAGGACGGCACGCAGCAGAUCAGCCUCCGGGUCGGCACCUAUCUGCUGACCCGUCUGGCCCAACUCAGGGACAAGUACGAGGUCGUCGGGGACGUGCGCGGCAAAGGCCUGAUGAUCGGGGUGGAAAUGGUCAAGGACAAGGUCAGUAAGGAGCCGCUGUCUCCCGAGGCAAUGAAUGAGAUCUUUGAGGACAUCAAGGACAUGGGAGUCCUGAUAGGGAAAGGCGGAGUGUACGGACAGACUUUCCGCAUCAAACCCCCCAUGUGCAUAACAAAGGAAGAUGCAGAUUUCUUCGUGGCUGUAUUUGACCGGUCCAUCCACAACUACAUGGACAGAAGAUAAAGGUCAAAUGGAGGCCCGGGUGCUCAGUGCUUUAAAGCAGCAUAAUAGUAAAGCAUAAUUAUGAAUGUGAUUAACCAUUUCAACCUUGUGAGACAGACUAGCUCCGAUUUGUAAGUGCAUUCGAUGAUUUUUGGUGCUAAAUAAAUAAAACUGAAUUAAUCAAA